AUUGCUCCAGCGCCUUAGCCGUGGUCGCCGUUUUGUUUCACUGCUCGAGUCUAGCGGCCUGCUGACGGCGACACUUCGCUUUGUGCCUGCUCAAUUUCGCUUCCUUCUGAGCCCAAACUGAACGUCAUCACCUCCUAUAUAUCAAGCGAGUUUAGCUGGUUCAUUUCGCCUGGCAAGCCACGAUUUCACUCCGCAAACCUACGCAAACCUCCUACCCAGAUUUCCUUGCUGGGCAAAGUUCAGGCUCGCAAAGGCCUUCCUAGUUUAGCGCGAAUUGGCGCGUUCGGUUCCGAAGUGUUUGUUGGCCGUCUCGUCGUCUACCACAAGUAAAUUCACGCUAUGCACGUCAGCGCGCAGCUCAGCGCUGGGCCAGCAUGCUCUCCUGGAGGGUGGAAGGCGAAGGCUCGGACGUUGGUCGCGACCAGGCCCCCUUGCGUCGCUAGCCCUGGCACCUGUGGCACGCCGCAACCAUCUCAGCAGCGCCUUCAGCCAUCGAAUGCAGUCGCGGGAGUGGGCGUCUCGGUGCCCGGUGGUAACAACAACAGCAGCGGCUCCGGCUCGGGCCCGUCUUCCAGCGGCCGCGCGGUGUCGCCCAUGCCUACGUCCCGGUCCUCCGCCUCCAGCCCCUCGGCCGCCAAACAGCGGCCGCUGAGCCAGCCGCUGCAGAUUCUGGUCCGUGCAGCUGCUGAGGCGCGCGUCGCCAGCGCGGCGCCCGCGGAGCUGUCCGAAGUGAACAGCCGGCUAGCAGCUACGAGCAGCUGGCCGGCGCUGCAGGUGCUGGCGCUGCAGUACCAGGGGCGGCUGGACCAGCAGAGCGUGGUGGCGGUGCUGCGGAGAGCAGCGCAGCUGGCUGCAGGCACGAGCUCCCCCAGCCAGGCAGAGCAGUACGCGUGCGCGCGCUUCCUGGAGUCCAUGGCCAUGUCCUGCGCUAACCUCAUCCCCGCCAUGGCGCCCGGCACCGUGGCCGCCGUGCUGAGCACUCUGGGCGCGCUGGGCGUGAGCGGCAUGGUGGUGAUGCGGCAGGUGCCGUACAUGGUGGUGGCGCUGGUACAGGCGCUCAUCCUGGCCUCGCUGCCGCAGCUGCACCACUACAGCCCCCCUCAGCUGGCGUACGUGCUGCGCGGCUGCGCGCUGCUGAGCCCCAGCGGCCUGCCGGAGGUGUGGCUGGACGAGUGGCAGUCGGUGACGGCGGGCGCGGUGCUGCGGCAGAUGCCGCCCGACGCGCUGGACGCGGUGGUGGCCAGCCUGCAGACGCUGUACCAGCGGCAGAACUGGCUGCCCGAGGACGGCUGGCUGGGCGAGCUGCUGCAGGCGGUGGAGGCGCAGCUGGGCGACUACGGCGGCAGCGAGCUGCGGCACCUGGUGGUGGCUCUGGCGGGGCUGGAGGUGCGCCCGCACAACGGCUGGCUGGGAAGCUUCCGGGCGGCCUUUGACCAGCGCGUGGCGGCGGCGGAGAUGGCGCCACACGAGAUCGCGGGCGUGCUGUACGCGUUCACCAAGCUGGAGGUUGCAUUUGCGUAAGUCUCGGUCAUCAAGCACGGCAGGGCAAGUGCAGCAGCUUCAACAACACGAGUUACAGGUCGCAUGUUAUUGAAGGCGGCGGGGCUGCGCCGGGUGUACCAGUGAGCACCUAAUGCCGUAUGGCGACCGGCCCGCGCUCAACUUGUGAGGUCUCAAGUGCCCACAACGGCCGGUCCCAGCUGAGCACCACCUAUCUAAAUAACGUGCUCUUUCUUGUUAUGCGUAUGGUGUUGGCCUGACUAUUUUAUGGGGCCCGUAUGGCUCCCCGCCGGGGUGAAUGCCCAUCUCUUAUGUUAAUUCGUCAAGGCGCGUGUAGUCCUCGUGCCGCGGUGCCUGCGCUGCCUCGGCGCCUGGUGUCAAGGUCGUGGAUGGCGCAAGGGAGUGAGACGUUUUGAGGCAUGGAGUGAAGAAGGAACAUGGGCCAUAUGUGUGGAGCCCCACUUGCGAGAGCACCAACGUAGCUCUCUUAUUACCUCGUGUGGUUAAGUCUAGUGACGAGCGACAAUUGAGUAGAGCCUGUGGCACGGGGGGGGGGGGUAGCUGAGCAAAAGUAGUUGACACCAGACGUGCGACUGUGUGAAGUAGGACUAGGAAACAGACAAGGAAAUAGGCAAAAACUAGCAAAAUGAUGGGGCUAGCCGCCCAGCACAAGCGGGCAACCACACACGCCGCUGAUUGAGCGUUUUGAGCGUUGUGCUUUUUUGCUGUUUUGGAGCUCGAUGAAAUACUGGUGAUAUCUGCUGGGGGCUUAGUUGAGAGCAAAGGCGCUGGACGGAAUGGAAGCGACGGUGGGCCGGGUGGCUUAGUACAGUGCCCCCAUGGUGUAUUAGGGCCAUCCGUGGCUCUCGCCAACGCGGCGUCCCCACACGCAAGCAAUGUGUUGAGCUUGCGCCUAGGACAGACGACCACUCAGGACUGUGUAAGAGGGCAAGCGC